AUGCUUAUGAUGUGUGACCAAAGCAUUGAAAACGAUAACAAACCUUUAACUACUGAAUUAAAUCAUGAUGAAAAAAACAGUGAAAUACAUUCAAUUAUUAUUUAUUUUCAUCCAAUAACUGAUGAAAAAUCUAAUAAUCAAUUUUAUUUACAAGCUUUGCAAGAAUUAUUGAAAUGUAUAAUUGAUAAGAAAUUGAAUCUUGUACACUUUGAAACGAGACCACCUUUAACUUUAUCCAAUGCAAACCAAGACAUUCAAUAUUCUUGUUUAAUAACUUUGGAAACAAAUGAAGUAAAUAUGAAUUUAUUGUACGAAGAAUUACGGUGCAACAGUUUUGUUUCUAGAAUAAAUUUACCAAAUAAUCAAGAAUCUCAAUAUUGGUAUCCUAAACACAUUUCUGAUUUGGAUAAAUGUCAACAUCUACUGCUUAAAUUUCAACCUGAAUUACAAACUGAUCAUCCAGGCUUUCAUGACAAAGUUUACAGAGAACGACGAGAAAAUAUAGCGAAAAUAGCAUUUGAUUAUAAAUAUGGUGAUCGUAUACCUGAAGUUGAAUAUACCAAAGAAGAAAUUGAAACUUGGGGCUUGGUUUUCACAAAAAUGAAAGCUGUUCAUGCUUCAAGAGCAUGCAGAGAAUAUAUUGAUGGAUUUCAACUCUUAGAAAAAUAUUGUAAUUACAAUUCUGAAAGCAUACCCCAACUGCAAACAAUCUGCGAAUUUAUGCACCGUACUUCAGGAUUUCGUAUUCGACCUGUUGCUGGUUUAGUUUCACCAAGAGAUUUCUUGGCAAGUUUAGCGUUUAGAGUAUUCCAAUGUACUCAAUAUAUACGUCAUCAUUCACGUCCUAUGCAUACACCAGAACCGGAUUGCAUUCACGAACUCAUUGGUCAUAUGCCUAUGUUAGUAAAUAGAAAAUUUGCUGACUUUUCUCAAGAACUAGGUUUAGCAUCUUUAGGAGCUUCUGAAGAAGAAAUUAUGAGACUAUCAACAUUAUACUGGUUUACUGUUGAAUUCGGCUUAUGUAAUGAAAAUGGAGAAACACGUGCACUAGGUGCUGGAAUUAUGUCAUCAUAUGGUGAAUUGGAAAAUGUAUUUAGUGACCACUCCGUGAAACAACCUUUUGAUAUAAAUAAUGCGGCAGUACAAGUAUACGAUGAUUUUGGUUAUCAAAAAGUUUACUUUGUAACUGAAUCUAUCGAAUCAAUGAAACGGGAACUUCGAAACUACAUAAAUUCAUCUACAAAAUCAACAUUUCCAAUUUACGAUCCAAUCACAGAAACAGUGCAUAUGAAAUCUAGAUUUUCCAUUCGAAAAGAAAUCCUGCAACAUGUGAAAGAAGAGACUGAUCAGUUGGAUACAUUGCUUAAUCAUUCUAACUUUACAUUGUCAUGA